AUGAUGGCAACGGAAGAGAUGCCAAAGGAACAACAGGAGAACGUCGCCGAACAACACCAGAACUCGUUCGCCAUUCAGCCGUACUCGAGAGCGAAGCAGAGCAACACGCUCUACUACUGGGGCAGUAAGGAAACGAUGAACCUGAACCAUUUGGUGUUGGAGAACAUCCUCCAGUCUCCUUAUUUCAAGAACACUCUUUUCCAGUUAAAAACCUACCACGAGGUUAUCGACGAAAUCUUUUACAAUGUGCAGCAUUUAGAACCGUGGGAGAAGGGCACUCGAAGAACCACCGGACAGACGGGAAUGUGCGGUGGAGUUCGUGGGGUAGGCGCCGGGGGUGUAGUCAGUUCGGCAUACUGUUUGCUGUACAAGCUGUUCACAUUGAAAUUGACCCGUAAGCAGGUGACAGGCCUGCUGAACCACGCAGAUUCUUGCUAUAUUCGCGGCCUCGGAUUCAUGUACGUCAGAUAUUGUCUGCAUCCUCAUACGUUUUGGGACUGGUACGAGCCAUACCUGGACGACGAUGAGGAGGUUGAUCCGAAGGCGGGUGGAGGGGACGCGAUGACUAUCGGCCAAAUGGUCAAGCUCCUUCUUACGAAACUUGAGUGGUACUGCACUCUUUUUCCUCGAAUACCAGUACCGAUUCAGUUUGCUGAUGACGUUGCUUCUCCUCGUGAAAACUUGGAAAGAAUAUAUCCGGAAGAAAAGUAA